AAAUAUUCCACUGUAAGAUUAUAUUUUUGAUCAAUUAAAAAGGAAUAUUAGAUGUAGCUGUCAGAGAUGUAAAUAAUACAUUCUAUUUAAGACUCUUCCAAUUCGUUUCUGAUUAAUAUGUUUAAAAAAGGCUUAUGAGUUCUUUAUUGCAUUGAAUACCAAAGCGCCGUUGACUAAAAGAAUAAAUCUAAUUGAAACAACCAGAGGGAAUUUAAUUCCCAUCAUUAUAAAUGUUUAGUUAAUGAAGGAGUUGUAACACCUUUAUUUCAAAAAGACUUUGACUUCCACCUAAGUAUUAAUAGUGAGCAAAGAGAAUAAUGUGAAUUUGAGUGAUACAGAUUAAUUUAUAGACGGAUUGUUUCAAAUUCAAGAUGAGGCCUCACAAGUCUGUGCUCUUAGAGUUCAAUGCAAACCUAAUGAUAAAGUACUUAAUUAUUGUGCUGGAUCUGGAGGUAAAACUUUGGCAUUUGCUCAUCAAAUGGGAGGUAAAGGAGUGAUUGAGAUUAAUGAUACUAGAAGUGAGCAAUUUCUAAAGCAACAAUUAGAUUGAGAA